AUGGCCCGGCGGGGCGCGGGGCCGAGUCCGGGGGCGCCCGGGGGCGUCGGGCGCCGCCCGUGGCUGCUGCUGCUGCUGCUGCUGGUGUUGCUGCUCCCCGGCCCGGCGCGGGGCUUCGGGGACGACGAGGAGCGGCGCUGCGACCCCAUCCGCAUCGCCAUGUGCCAGAACCUGGGCUACAACGUGACCAAGAUGCCCAACCUGGUGGGGCACGAGCUGCAGACGGACGCCGAGCUGCAGCUGACCACCUUCACGCCGCUCAUCCAAUACGGCUGCUCCAGCCAGCUGCAGUUCUUCCUCUGCUCGGUAUAUGUGCCCAUGUGCACGGAGAAGAUCAACAUCCCCAUCGGGCCGUGCGGCGGCAUGUGUCUUUCGGUCAAGAGGCGCUGUGAGCCGGUGCUCAAGGAAUUCGGGUUUGUCUGGCCGGAGAGCCUGAACUGCAGCAAAUUCCCACCCCAGAAUGACCACAAUCACAUGUGCAUGGAAGGGCCGAGUGAUGAGGAGGUGCCGCUCCCUCACAAAAGCCCGGUCCUGCCCGGGGAAGAGUGCCACUCUGUGGGCGCCAAUUCUGACCAGUACAUCUGGGUGAAGCGGAGCCUGAACUGUGUGCUCAAGUGCGGGUAUGACGCUGGCCUGUACAGCCGCUCGGCCAAGGAGUUCACGGACAUCUGGAUGGCCGUGUGGGCCAGCCUCUGCUUCAUCUCCACUGCCUUCACCGUGCUUACCUUCCUCAUCGACUCCUCCAGGUUUUCCUACCCUGAGCGCCCCAUCAUUUUCCUCAGUAUGUGCUAUAAUAUUUAUAGCAUUGCUUAUAUUGUCAGGCUGACCGUAGGCCGGGAACGGAUAUCCUGUGAUUUUGAAGAGGCAGCAGAACCUGUUCUCAUCCAAGAAGGACUUAAGAACACAGGAUGUGCAAUAAUUUUCUUGCUGAUGUACUUUUUUGGAAUGGCUAGCUCCAUCUGGUGGGUUAUUCUGACACUCACUUGGCUUUUGGCAGCGGGACUCAAAUGGGGUCAUGAAGCCAUCGAAAUGCACAGCUCUUAUUUCCACAUUGCAGCCUGGGCCAUCCCUGCCGUGAAGACCAUUGUCAUCCUGAUCAUGAGACUGGUGGACGCAGAUGAGCUGACGGGCUUGUGCUAUGUGGGGAACCAAAACCUCGAUGCCCUCACAGGCUUCGUGGUGGCGCCUCUCUUCACUUACCUGGUGAUUGGAACUUUGUUCAUCGCUGCGGGUUUGGUGGCCUUAUUCAAAAUUCGGUCCAAUCUGCAAAAGGACGGGACAAAGACAGACAAGUUGGAGAGGCUGAUGGUCAAAAUUGGGGUCUUCUCAGUCCUAUACACCGUUCCUGCCACCUGUGUGAUUGCUUGCUAUUUCUAUGAAAUCUCCAACUGGGCGCUCUUCCGGUUUUCUGCAGAUGACUCCAAUUUAGCGGUUGAGAUGUUGAAAAUUUUCAUGUCUUUGCUGGUGGGCAUCACAUCAGGCAUGUGGAUUUGGUCUGCCAAAACUCUGCAUACGUGGCAGAAGUGCUCCAACAGAUUGGUGAAUUCUGGGAGGGUAAAGAGAGAAAAGAGAGGCAAUGGGUGGGUGAAGCCUGGGAAAGGCAAUGAAACUGUGGUGUAAGGCCAGGCGGCCUCCACACGCACCUCGCUUCCAUGGGGGCAGUGCCAGCAUUUCAGUGCAAAUGCUACUAAAGUUUCACGCAGUGACUCUCAGUUUGAACAAACCAGCAACACCUAGGGGUCCCUCAUAACCUACUGCCACUCUCCCCCCACACCCCUCUCUCAGCCCAGCGUCGUAAAACUAAUGAUUUUACUGCAGACUUUGGAAUGAUCCAAAAUGGAAAAGCCAGUUAGAGGCUUUCAAAGCUGUGAAAAAUCAAAAUGUUGAUCACUUUAGCAGGUCGCAGCUUGGAUUGUCGGGCCCUGCCUAGAUUCCAGGAAGCUGGGGCGACUCUGCUUUUCCCUGCAGGGUGGGUUUGGAGCUGUGAGCUGUCGGUUUGCAGGGAGAAAGAUGAACUUUUUUAACCCUUUAAACAUUUUAAAUUCUAACUGGGUCUUUCAGAUAGCAAAGUGAUCUAUAAACACUGGAAAUGCGCUGGGUUCAGAGAAGUGUUAUAAGACUUUUAUAGUUUGGCCAAUCUAACAUAAACAUUUUCUGCGGUGUACUGUCUGCCGUUUAGAACUUUGUGGAUUGCUCUCCCAAGAGGUGGUGUCAGAUCUUUCAGUGCCUUUGUCAUAAAACAAUUGUUUGAACAAACAAAAGAAAGAACUGUACAGACACACAUAAGGUGUCCAGAGGAUUUUCUUCUCUCUUCCUCUUAAAUUUCAGCAUCUCUGUUCUAGGCAGCUGCUGUUUUCUUCAUUGUACAUUCAUGACUCAAAAUAAGUAUUUUUAUAGAGAUCUUUGCGCUGCAGCAUGUCUAAUGAGGGGGAAGAAAGGGUGAUUUCGCUUCCUGACAAUCACUUAAUUCAGAGGAAAAUGAGAUUUACCAAGUAGACUUACCUUCCUGACCCCAGAGACCUAUUGCAUUGAGCAAUGAGGACUUAAUAUAUUUUACUUUGUGUGAUUGCAUCUAUGCAGACGCCAGUCUGGAAGACUAAAAUGUUAAAUUUGUUGGCAACUUUGCAUUCACACAGAUUAGCUGUGUAAUUUGUGUGUGUCAAUUACAAUUAAAAGCACAUUCUUGGACCAUGACAUAGUGCACUCAACUGACUUUAAAACUAUGGUCAACUUGCAUUCUUGGAAUGAUAGUGCCUUUUUUUACUUUAGCAUAAGAAUGUUAUCAAGGGUCUGGUUUACUUACCACAAUGGAGGCUUUUUCAGUUUGUGGAGGGAACUAAGGACAGCUAAUCCAGCUACUUGGUGCAUAAUUGUUUCCUAGUAAUUGGCAAACCGUCCUUAUAUAAGAUUUCACUGGAGGCAGUGUGGCCUGGUGUAUUUAUAUGGUGCUUAAUGAAUCGCCAGAAUGCCAGCCAGGAGCUUGAUUGGGUAGGAGGGAAUAAAGUGUAGACCAUAUGAAAUGAACUGCAAACUCUAACAGCGCAGGUCUUAAUUGCCUUUUGCAGAGGUAUCCAAAGCUUUAAAAAUUUAUACUCUACGUUGCUCUCAAGGGGGUACCCCCUUAGCAUUCUCUCAAAAGUUGCAGUUUCUCUACAAUCACAACUGGCCUUUCUCCUAACCUGCUUUAGGCCUUCUUGUCACCAGAUCGCUAGGACAGAUUGGUGGCCAUGUCACAGAUUCCUCUCCCUUGUAACUCAUACCUGCUUUGGCUUCAGCAACUGCUUUGGAACAGCUCAUCUAUUUAUUUAUUCAUGCCACUCCCUCUCCCCCUUUAAAAACACAUAGGGAAGUUCUUUUAUCACACUUCUUCGUGGAAGACAGACAUUUCCAGGGGCUCAAAAUACCAAAUAGGCGGUCAAGUUUUAGAAAUAAGUCUCUCUGUCAAUUUGGUUUGCACUAUAUGGUAAUGGUUUGACACUUUCUUUCCUCUGUCUUUGAGUGGUUCUGAGAUGAAGAUGCAGGAGAUUUGUUGCACGUUUCAGAAGGGAAACUCUUUGGGGCUUUUGAGAGAGAUGCUAAGUGACCCCUGCUGUGUGUGCUGAGCCUGAGGACCUUGGCCAGACUCUGGGUCAGGCUCCAGGAGCAUGAGAAAUGAGCCCCAGAAGGACCAGUUGAACUCCAUCUAGCUCUACCUUGCCUAUGAAAUGUAAAAUAUGAACUUGUGCUGUCGUGGACGAUUCCCACAGCUGACUAGGGGCAGGGCCUGCCCUUACUCAUGCUCCGCCCUGGUAUCUUAGGACUUAAAAAGAAAUGCUGACUCCAGAAAGGGAAGAAGGACUGAGCAGGGGCGCUGGCCUUACUGUUGGAGUGUAGGAAUAGUUAGGCCAUUUCUUUGUCUUGUUUUAGCCAUUGUGCAGCCAAAGCAGCACCUCGCACAGGGCCAGGCCCAGAUGAAGUGCUUAGUGUUUGUGAAUGAAGAAAUAAUAAUAAUAGUACCAAGAAUACUUGUGUGCACCUGGAUGCCCAAGUUCUAGAGCCUGUGACUUGACAGCCUCCUUGGUUUUGACCUGUCUCUUCCACAAGUUCCUUCCCUUCUCAGGGAAAAGAAUAUUUGAACAGAAUUGGCUAUUGGUGCAGACUGGAUUGGUAGCUUUAGCAAUGUCACCAGGUUUUAGGCCUUUCCCUUCAUAUUCUAGACAAUGGAGAUGGUUGACAGGUUCAGGAAGGAGCUUUGUGUCUGACAGUUACCAAUGACCUUGAAGCAUCACCUCUUAAGUUGGCAUUUGUUUUUAAAAAAGUCAGUUAUCAAUUAUCUUUUGUUGAAUGCCAAUGGUGUGAAAAGUCCUGGUGAGGUGCUUGAGGGGGUUUCAGUUCUCCUGACUGGCCCAGACUGGGGGCUCUUGGGUGUGCUGACUUUGCUGUUGGUGCAGGAACCUCCGAAUUCCCGUCUUUUCACUGUGCGCAUGCCAUAGCCUCUUCUGGGUCUCUCUAUACCUUCGAUGCUUCUCUCAUCCCUUCCCAGGAUUCCCUCCAAGUCUGUGACAGGGGUUUUGACAGAAAGCACCCACUCUCCAUCAUCUUUUCUGUGGCAAAUCCCUUGGGAGACUAUGAAAACUGCCUGUAAGGUCAUGAGCCCCCCACAUCUAAUACGGCUUGGUACAGUUCAGGCUUGGGGUGUUUGGUGUGACAUGGCAGGUAAAUUUAAAGACAGAAUCUUGCUCAGGAAAAGGCUAAGGUUUUCUUUCUCAGCAAUCUCUAAGAAGCAGGUAUGAUUGUACCUUCAUACAAAAGUCCCUUGGCUGCCUGAGUUUUUAUUCAGUGGGGCCUGAGGGCAUAUCUUGUCCAGGCUCCUCUCUGGCAGAUUCCCUCCUCCUUCGCAAAGACCAGGCCUUGGCAGGAGCGUGGGCUAAGGUGGAACCGGCCAGAACCAUCUGGUUGAGCUACUUGGUUGAUUCAUAUCUAUUUUCUUCUGUGUAGACAGUUUUCUGGUCUCUGAGGCUGCUUUUGAGUUGGCCGCUUACUCAGGGUCCUGACACCAGAGAAGGAGACUCACGUUUUAUUCCCCCAGGAGCUCUCUGACUGUCCUCUCCCUGGAUGCCCCUGCACUUGCAGGCCUCACCCCAAAGACCAGGACAUUUCUGUAUCUAGGUUCUGAGUUGUGACUCUCCAGCACCUGUGGUCCUGGCCUCAUGGCCCCACUUAGCCUGUUGGUCACUGAAUCCAGUGCUCAUUGUUUGGGGAACCAGGCUGGGGGCCUGAGAAUACAAAGGAAGUAAGCUCUGGAGGGGCAGGCUGAGUUGAAGGGGAGUUCACUAGGGAAGUGCAAUCUUUGGCUUCUGGUAAGCAGGCCACAGCGGCAGUUAGGAAGAGAGCCUCUCACUUUGGAAGCAGCCUCCAGGAUUGACUUACAUUCUGAAUUUACUUGUAUUAUGCGGGAGAUUGGCGAGAGUUGCUUUCCCAGCCAGUUGUGUCACACCACUGGGCUGACAGUUCUUCUGGGUCCUUCACUGUGUUGAGUUCAGUGUCCCCGUCUGCAUUGCAUGGUAUCUGGCAAGCGACCCUGGUUAUCAUUUUCCCUUUGGGCUCAGCUUGCAGAUAUUGGAAAACUAGGAGAGCAUUUUGCUCCUACCAGGGAUCAGAUGCCAGAGCCCUGAAUAAUGAAUUUUCUUUCAUGCUAACCUGACCUGUGCUCUCUGCUGCUCCGUAAGGGGUGCGCCAUGCACAUUUGCCGUCAUUGCACAUUGGAGUACCAGGAGGGACAGGAACCCGGACCCCCUAGAGGCCUCUUCCCCUUGGGAAUUCAAGUGCCCAUAAUAGCCUGUUUCUGGUUCUGACUUACCCUACUUUCCUCCUCCUCCUCAGCACCAGCAAAUUCCCAUUAUUUACCAAGGCUUUUUGGGUCCUAUGUGAGGCACAUUCUCCAAGCUGUGUAUCUCCCUGGUCUCGGAUGACAUUCAGUACCUGACCGCUGGUAUCCCAGGAGGCUUCUGAGAUGGGCCAAAGCAGCUCUGCCCCGAAGGCUGGGUCCCGCCUCUCUCCUAGCUUGGACCCUUUCCACAUCCUGCUUGUGGGCUUGGCCACGCUUGGUUGUGGAUUUUGGAAGAGGAGGCUGCUGUCUAGGUCUCUCCCAGCGCCUGUAGGUAGCUCUGAAAUUUUUCCUACCUCCCAGGGGUGUUGUGAGACUUUAGAGGGUCUGAAGUUAAAGGCCCCUAGAGUUCUUUGAAAGAAAGGUGGGCUACUAGCUAUGAUGAUAGGGGACAAGAUAACCGCGGCACAGCCUCCUGGCGUGGCUGCCGCUCUGGUGUGCAGUGGCUUUUUCUUGCCCCACAGCACCAGCCACCUGGAGUUUAACCUGAGGGACUUUCAGAUGUUCCACUUAGAGGUACCAGGCAAACUUCUGCUACACAUGCCCUAAGUAAAUUGCUGAACUUCAAAGGAAAUGGACCUUGCUUGUAAGGAUGUACAAAAGUAUGUCUGCAUUGAUGUCUGUACUGUAAAUUUCUAAUUUAUCACUGUAUAAAAACAUAAACUUUGCUAUUUAAUUUUUGUAUCAAAGGAAAAUAAAGUUUUGUUUAUUAACUGGUGUGUGAUUUGACAUUUUACAGCAUCUGUAGGAUAGCCCCCGGAAAGCAGACAGAGGCAGCAGUGAGAAAUAGAGUGGUUUGCUGGGUAGGCCGAAAACUGCUUUCUGAGAUCCUCUUUCUUUCCUUUCUGCUGGUGCUAUUUUUCCCUUUUGGGACUUCUCCUGGGUCAGCAAGCCUCUGAGGUCCAGGGGCAACAAGAUUUAUCACUGGUCAUCAGUAACAUUCAAGUGAAUCUGUAGCUACAGUUGCCAAGUUGUUACCCCAUGAAACCUCUUUUUGGCGUUUCCAAUAGUGUGGCCAUUUUUAUAGAUCUUCCAAAUCCCAGUGGUGGCCUGAGAAGUUCACCUGUCACCACUGGAGCUUCAGGCCUCUUAGAAAGGGCAGAGGGUGCUUGGCCUUUUUUUCUUUUUAACUUUAGAUUUUCAUUUCUCCUUUUCCUGGCUGCACAGUGAUUCUGUUUUGUGUGAUAGACACGGGGAGAUGUCACAUCAGCCAGGAAAAUGAUGUCUCUAGCUAAUGUUCUAGUUGGCUAUGUCUCUAUAUCCAGAAAUGUCAUCAAAGAAAAGUCAAACCCAUUAUUGACAUCGUCAGGGGAGCAAGUAAUGUUCUCGAACACAAAGGCAGAGGGAAGGGGGCAGAGCCCCUGCCACUGGACACUUGUCCUGAAGUCCUCGCCAAAAACGUUAGCCUGCUCAUUUGUCUUUGAGUUGCUUUCCACCCAUUAUUUUCACCUGCAGACUGCUGUGUUUUGGUGUGAGUAAAAAGCCAACGGAACAAGAUCUGCCAUACUGUUCUCCUUUGCUGCAGAUUGCUAUUGUACUUUUAUCUCCAACCAUAAACGAAGGGAGGCAUGUAAUUAAAUUCUCUUCCUUGUAAGACAGGCUGUGUUUCUCAUUUCAUUACCUACUCAUUAAGUAGUUAGGGAGUUAAGGAAAAGUCAAUGCAAUCUGUAAUGAAUUCAUAAUAAUCUCUUGCACUUGCAGAUGUGUCUUCUGUAGAGAAAACACCUUUAUUUACAUGAAUUCAUUUUCUUCCCGAGGCCUCUCUGAAGUAAGCAGGACAGUUACAGGUUUGCUUUAGACAGAACUAAGA